UAUGAACUGUAUUCAUAACCGUUCAGCGUUCAACGUGCGGUCAAUAUAGGAGCUGUGGUACACAAACAACCAACAUCGGGUUGAUUUGUUUGGCCAUAUGAUCCCUGUAAAUUACUGAUUUUUCUUUUAGACUAAUUAACGAAAAUAAUCAAUUAUUUAUUUCCGUAAAAAGAUUAUGCAGUUUUACAUUGUUUUAUUUGUGUACGUGUAUGUUUUAUUAUCAUCUGUUAUAAGUUACGAUUUGGCGGAUUUAACUUUAGUAGGGUUAGCCUCAAAUCCAAAUGUGGUACCAGAAGGAUAUGAAAAUAAUUAUGAAAAGUGUUUGGCAAAAAGAAAAGUAUUAUUUGGAAAUACUUGUUGGGACUUGUUAACUAAAGGACCUUGUCACAAAGGUCAGUGGUUAGUUAUAAACCCUGAUGGUUUAGAUGAUACCAAUCAACCAAUUAAAGCGCAAUGUGUCAGACGCCGAUGUAGUGAAGGAGAUGUUUACUGGCCAUUAGAUGGAUUCUGUCACCGAAUGAAUGAAUCGUCAAGACAAUUAUGUCCUAACCAAAAUACCCGAUUGGCUGUCGAUGCUUAUGGUGAGGGUUAUUGCAGGUGUUCAGAUAACAUGGCUAUGCGCUACGCACGUGUCGACGAACAACUCAACACAGCUUGUUAUCCUGUUUACACUCAAGGUCCAUGUCGCCUGGGCUAUGUAGUAACUGAAACGCAAGGACCUGGGUUUGGAAAUUGUACUGUAGACACAUGCAUGUCAUUAACGCGAUGGCGAUGGGCCCCGAUAUCUUUAAACUCACCCCAAGCUCCAUGGACCAACGGACGGUGUUACGAGCUGUACACCAAUGGACCGUGUCCUAACAAUGAACAAUUCACAGUCCUUCUAGACAGCAGAAAACCAGGAUGCAGUCAACGGCAAGCACCUUUGAAUUUGUUCAGUAGCAUGCCAACUCGAUGCGACAUGGACCACAAUGGUGAAUGUGUAGAUGCUGUUCAAUUAUCCAACACCACAACUGCAGAUUAUACAGCACAACUAUUGAUUUCAGCGAUUCGACAUAAACGCACAAAGAGAAAAUGGACAUACAGUUAGCCUUAGAUGCAUAAUGUUCGAGCAAACUUGUUGUGCUAUAAUAUUACCCAGCAUGGUAUAUCCUUAGUCAUUUAUUUAUGUUAUCAGUUCUAUUCUAAGACUACAAGGGACGUUAUACGAAAAUUAAAACUAGCUGUUAUGAAUAAAGUAUUUGUUUUUAUAUCGCAUGAGUCGAUACACGUGUAAUAAUUAUUAAAUGUAUUUUUUUUA